AUGGCGCGAAAAGAGGAACCAAAGAUUCAGGCCAACAAUGAUCUAGAGAAAAAAAUAAUCGAGGCGUUUGAAGUGUUUGAUCAUUCUGGAAAACAGGUGGUCGAUGUUCGAGAAAUAGGCACCAUAUUGCGUUCGUUGGGAUGUUGUCCAACGGAAGCGGAAAUACAGGAAGUGAUUUUAGCCACAGAAAACAAAGAGGCUACGGGAAAUGUGCCUCUGGCAAAUUUUCUUCCUUUCAUGUGUAAAGUGAUGAUAGAACACAGAUUUUAUCCAGCCAGCGCAGAAAUGUUGUUAGCUGCUUUCCGUUACUUCGACAAAGAGGGUCGGGGGUAUCUCACAAAGGAGAGAUUUACACAACUGAUGAUGGAAGAGGGAGAGCCAUUUACACAGGAAGAGUUUGAAGAAAUGAUGCAGACUGCUCUCGAUCCCGUUACGGACACCAUCACAUAUGAAUACUAUAUUAAUCAACUCAUGGUUGCCCCCAAAGAUGUUUAUGAUAUAGCUGAUGCUCAAGAAGCAGAGAGAAAAAGACUAGAGGCCGCAGCACCGAAGAAGAGACGCGCGUCUUCGUUACUGCGCGCCGCUCAAAAUUAG